UGGUUACUUUGAACUAGUUCGUUCCGGAACGACAUAACUCUAAAUCGGUCAAUGUUUUGGAAAGUAUGUAGAUAUCUUCUGUGCGUGUACGUUCUUCGCAUUUAUGAUAUCAGAGUUCAGCUGUGCUCUCAAGUCAUUGUAGAUAGUAAAUUCGAGAAGCGAUAAUGGCAUUCGUGACCGGUUUCAGGCGGGCCAUACAAAAGUUGACUUCAUUGAGCGUUUAUCAAUUCUCACGUAGGACAACUAAGCGUCAUGUAGCAGGGUUCAUUUUAGGGACCGGCAUUGCGACUUUUGGAACAUUGACGGUGGCCCAAAUGGAAUCUAGCAGGCGCCGCAAACUAAACACUUCUGUUUAUAUGGCAGAGCCGAUCACUGAUGUGGACCAGUUGCUAACUUCGGAGGAUGACAUGAAAACUAAAAUGGAGCUACUCAUAUUAAAGAUUCAGGCAGAUUUCUGCAGAGCUCUUGAAGCAGAAGAGUAUGCGGGCCAGAAGUUCAAAGUAGAUAGAUGGUUACGCAAUGAAGGGGGCGGGGGCAUAACGUGCGUUUUACAAGAUGGAGAAGUAUUUGAAAAGGCCGGCGUAAACAUUUCUGUUGUGAAGGGACAUCUACCUCCGCAAGCUGUACAACAAAUGCGCUCCCGCGGCAAGAAGUUAACAGAGGGCAGCAAGUUACCGUUCUUUGCUGCUGGUGUCAGCGCCGUUAUUCACCCACGUAAUCCCAUGGUUCCCACAAUACAUUUUAAUUAUAGGUAUUUCGAAGUUAUUGACACUGAUGGUUCUAAGCAAUGGUGGUUUGGAGGAGGAACUGACCUCACUCCAUAUUAUUUGGAUGAAAAGGAUGCUGUCUCCUUUCACAAAACAUUGAAAGAUGCUUGCGAUGAAAGUGAUUUAGAAUACUAUCCCAAAUUUAAGAAAUGGUGUGAUGAAUAUUUUCGUAUUACCCAUCGCGGCGAAUGUCGCGGCAUAGGUGGCAUUUUCUUUGAUGAUAUUGACGCUCCCAACCAAGAAAAAGCUUUCAAAUUCGUGUCAGAUUGCGCACACGCAGUCAUACCAUCUUAUUUGCCAAUUGUCAGGCGACAUAAAAAUGAUGCAUAUGGCGAAAGAGAACGACAAUGGCAAUUACUCCGUCGUGGACGUUAUGUUGAAUUCAAUUUGAUAUACGAUCGUGGUACCAAGUUUGGUCUUUAUACACCAGGCGCCAGAUACGAAAGUAUAUUGAUGUCCCUGCCACUCACAGCCCGAUGGGAAUACAUGCAUUCACCUCCUCCAAAUUCAAAGGAACAAAAACUUAUAGAUAUUCUAAAAAAUCCAAAGGAUUGGCUUUAAAUAAAAAUAGUGUUUAGAUAAAGUUUAAAACGAUGGAGAUAUGAAUGAGUUUAAGUAGAGGUGAUAGAAAAAAUUCCUAUUUUUGUAAUGUUUUUGUAAAUAAAUUGUUAUUUCUA